AUGCUGGAAUGCGCGAUUCCAGAGCACCUCCGCAAGGAAAGGACAUACCCAGUUAGCACACCGCCCAACUAUGUUCCGCCGUUCCCUGCAUAUUGCUCCAGGUUUCCUACCAAGAUGGACGACCUCGUUAUGGCCAUUAUGGGAGCACAAUAUAUCUCUGUCGCCAGCAAUGACGGCACGGCUAUUCUCAAGCUACAAGAUUUUGUAAACGAAGCGCCGGCGUCAAAGCGGCCGUCGUUCUGGGAGGUAGCUUCCGUUGUCGACAAGAAAGGAGCCUACAACAUCGCUGUCGUUGCAUAUUGGCGCAGCGCAGACCUACACGAGAAGUGGCAGCAAGAAUCUGGUUUUGAUACAUGGUGGCAGAGUUCAGACAGAGAAAAAGAUGGACAUGGCUGGUUUCAGGAAGUCCUGCGUCCAACGAUAGAUCGUUUUGAGACCGUAUUCUCGAAUCCAGAGAAUCCAGAAGGAGCCGCCAACAUGCAGGAGAAGAUCUCGGGCGAGAUGGAAGAACACGCAUACUGGGGUAGCAUGCGCGACCGGCUGGCAUCUGCUCAAGACAAUGAACUCAAUGGCAACAAGUUGAGUUCUGCUAAUGGCAGCGCCAAUGGCAUGACUGACAACGGCAACGCUUCUAAACGCGUUCGUAUACCCGGCACGCCCAACCUGUGCGUGAUUCGAUCGGGUCAGGAUUGGUCCGACACGCUACCCGAAGAGCGCAAGCUCUAUCUUGAUACAAUGCAUCCUGUGCUCAUCGAGGGUAUGAGAUUUCUGCGCGAUGAAGGUCGCGAGGUUGGGUGCUAUGCGAUGAACUUGUGGGACGUUGUGGACUCCAAGUCGUUCGAGGCAAACCGCGAGAGGACUUUCGGUCUCGGCUACUUUGAUGAUCUGGCAUCUCUUGAAUACUGGAGUAAGAGCCAUCAGACGCAUAUCAAUAUCUUUGGAGGCUUCUUGAUGUAUGCGAAGAAGCUCAACAAUGUGUUGUCUCUGCGGUUGUUCCACGAGGUUUACUUGCUGGAGUCGGACCAGCAAUUCUUCGAGUACAUUGGAUGUCAUGCCGAGACGGGUAUGGUGAAUGCGCGUCGAGCGUAG